ACUUCAGAUUUGCUGUGGGCUGAAGCAUCCUUGCGGAAUCGGCUUGGCAGGCAGGAGACAGGGGCGCCCAAGGUUAACAAUCCAAGCGGCAGCUCUUUGGCAGGUCCUUGCAGUGUUUGUGGAGGACAGCGCCCUCCACAUCCUGAAGCUGAGCCGUGGCACCUCAGGCAGAACUCCAAAGGCCAGCACUUGGCGAAGAGUGGCAGGUGCGCUUCGUGUGUCUGGAGCCUUCGUUCGCAGCAGUGUCGUUCUUUGUGGCCUCACUGGCAGUCCUUUAGGGACGGAACAUGGCCACCGACCAAGGGUGUAUAGUUCCAGAGCUUGCAUAUCUGGAAGUGCGAUCAUGGGCAGUGCAUUUUCCUUCGAAGCGCCGGGAGCAUCGCAUUACAUCAGUUCCGGGCCACUCCAAGGAGAUUGCAGAGAAGUUGCUGCAACAUUUGCGUGGGGUGAAAGGAGCUGAGACAAUGUCUAAGGGAGAACUGAAGGCACUGUGUGAGAAGCGCAAGCAAGAGCUUCGCAGUGGAAAGCCGGCCUGUGGGGGAGAACAGGCUGCCGCUCCAGAUGUUCCAGGGGAAGGUGCCCAACUAGUUGGCCACCACGGUGACAUCGAAGAUGACUCUGCUAGCGCAGUGGUGCUUUCCAAGGAGAAGCAAUGUCAAGACGAAACCACUUGCUUGCCUCCAUUGCCGGCGCCAGAGUUGCCCCCACCUGAGGAGGACAUUGCCCGUGCGCCACUGCCUGAUGACAAGGCCCCGGACGGCUUCGCCUGCAUGGGUUGUCAAAGCCAUUGCAGCCCAGAGUUACAAUCUUGUCUGCCGCUGUGGUGCAAGACUUGCUUUGACAUUGAGCUGGCCAAGCGAGUGGGUACUCUACCAUCAGAGGAUCCGACGAGAGACCAUGCAGAGCCUUCGGAGGCUGCAAGCUCAGGCAUGCAGGCAAUGGCUGAUGGUGCUCCGAGACUGCAAGAUGAUGUGGCUGAAGCUGACAAGGAGAGAGACUUCAAGCGCUCCGUCUCACAUUGCGGAACUCAAGAUCGAAGUGACAGGCGAGUUAGAGAGCAAAUGGAUGGCUCUGUGUGUCGGGGGCGGGAAGCUCUAGACCGCUGGAAAGGCAUGUCUGAGAAGGAGCGACAGCGUUGGAAAGAUUUCUACAUGGCCAAAGUGUCUUCUGAUGAACCGCCGACAACCCCAUCUAAGUCACAGCCUGUGGCGUCAGAGGCAAGUCCGGCCUCCACUGAGAAGCACCUGCGGGCUGCUGAGCCCAAGAUGAUGGAGGGAUGCGGGCCCAGAUUCCUUGACAGGGUUUCGGAUGUGGAAGCCUUUGAGAAGCGAUGGGGUUGGAUGAAGCCGAAGAUCGAAUCUGCUCAAUCCUCUUCGUUCUUUUUGUCCAACACGCAAGAUUUGUGGCUUGUCUACCUAGAUUUAGCACAUCUGCUCUCCUUGGGUUGCUUCAAGGGCUAUCCUGCCAUUGCAGCUCGCGAGCUUCCGGCUUAUCGGAUCAACCGCAAAAAGCUGGCCCGAGUGCAGGCCUAUGUCAAGGCACACAGUGAAGGCAAGAAGGAUGGUGAUCUGAACCAUUUGCCAGCAGAAUUUGCAGCAGGACGCUUCGGGAAUGGCAUGUUGACUAUCUCACAACGAGAAGAUCUGGUGCGUCAUGUCAUGGCCUGCUGCCUGUCUGGUCGGCCCCUGACUGUUCAAGACAUCAAGCGCUCCAUGUUCAAAUUUGUCUUGAUCAACAUGGAGGUUGUCGAUGCUGCUGCUUCCGUGCCCUGGGAGGAAUAUGAAGCGUAUUCCCAAAGCUUGGCUGGUGUUUACAGAGGCUGGAAGGCGUGGGUGGCUGCAAACUAUGCAAAAGAUUUCCAUAUCCAGCGCAGAUGUUUGCAGGCCAAACCCCUAGAGCAAGUCACUUCGCUGACUCCAGCGGCCAUCAACAGCUACUUUGAUGUGUUAGAGCACGUUCUGAAGGAGGUGGGUUUGGUCAAAGAUGGAGCGCUGACAGAGAUGGCCAACCAGUGUGUGUGGAACGUAGACGAGAAGGGCUUGGAAGGCCUUAACAGUGGCAAGGUGAAGGGCAAGAAGGUAGUUAUAACGAAAGGUUCUGGUCCUGCAGGGGCCAUUGGUGUGCCCGAAGGCUCGUUCGGCCACAUCACAUUAUUGCCUUUUGUGAGCCUGGGUGGUCGCGCAGCACCGCCUGCCAUCGUCGUGUCCGGCAACGUUUUCUCUCACCAGUGGGAGAAAGUUUGGCCGGAGGCUGCAGUGAGAGCUACCCCCAGAGGGCCUAUGUCUUCGGAGCUUUUUUUGCAGUAUGUCCUGAGAUGGGAGAAGCAUGUGCGAGACAAUCUGGCCGUACCGCAGAACCAGGCAUUGGUCUUGCUGCUAGACUCAGGAGGUGGGAACCUUUGCCAUCUCAGUCCAGAUUUCACUGUUGCUUGUGAAGCCCGCAACAUUCGGCCAGUCUUUUUCCCACCGUACGGAACAGCUGCAGUUUGUUGCUUGGACCAAACACCCAACUGCCAAUGUGAACUUGCAUGGGAGAGAAGUCGGUGCUCUAGCGAGUCCCUGACGCAGCUCCAAGCCUUAGACAUUGCGCAUGAAGCUUGGGACGUGGCUUACACAGAGAAGUACAUCUUGUCUGGAUGGCGUGAGGUUGGCCUGGUGCCAGGCAAAGCAGUGAACAGGAGCAAGGUGUUGGGAGAAAGAGCCGACAAAUUGUUUCGAAGCACCAUCCCGCAGACAGAGCUCGUUCCAAAAACUCGCGCAGGCGAAGCUGUGCUGGAACGUCCGUGUGGCUACAAGCGCGCUCCUGCUCGUGCGCAAUGUGCUUCUUGUGGCAGCCGCACCCCUACUUCUCUGCCGAGAUGCGGCUACUGCGGGGAAAAGAAUCAGGACUACGAUGAGGUUGCCGAUUCUGUUCAGAAUGGAUUGAAGCAUGGCGGAUAUAGCAAGAAGCAGCCUGCUGUGUUCGAUGUGGAGGCCGCUGUGAGUACAGUGGAGCCAGGUCAGAAAGCAUCUUUGGCCCGCUGGUCAGGAGAUUUAAUGGGGGAGAUGCGGCGUCGCAAAGCUGCAGCUGCUUGUGACGGGGAGCCUGCAGCAAAAAAGCCGGCAGUUGCAGCUGCGCCUGCCGUUCCCACAGAAGCAAAGCAACAGCAUGAACCCAAGCCAGAAGCGGAGCCUGAGCCUGGUUCUGACACAGAGUUUGACCUAGACAGUGCGGACGGUGUAGCUUCCUACAUUGCUGCCCAUUUUGACGCAGAGCAGCAGCCUGAGAUUUUGAAGAUUGCGCACUUCUAUGUCCAGUCCAAGUUGAAGCCACUGGUGCGAAAAGACGUUCCACUGUCACUAGUGUACAAAAAGGAAAUGAAAGACAUCCUUCAGUCGGCCAAAGGCCGGAAAGCUUGGGAAUCCUCUUGGGCUCAGAACCGCAGACAGCGGUUUGUGAAGAUGCCGGUGGUCAAAACUAAGUAACCUUUUUCACAAACAAACAAACAAGCAGGGGGUG